CACCAAAUUUCAAUAGCAACGUCGUCAUCGUCAUCGCUAGUACCACCACUGACUGAUAAUAAAAAUUUACGCGAAUUAGUCAAAAACGCAUUAUCUAACAUCGACUCAAAUAUCUUGAAAAAUAAUUGCAAUAAAUCUAAAGAUGGAAGAAGGCUUUUAGAAAGUGCGUGGCAAGUUGAAUUGUACCGUACAAUAUAUGAUCAUCUUCCGGAAAAUGUAACAAUAUCUGUAGAAGUGGGUAAGUUAUUUACCAAUGAUGGCGUCCUAGAUUUAUACAUACCGGAGCUCCAAUAUGCAAUAGAAAUUCUUAUUGAUGGGAGUUCCCUUCAGGAACACUAUAACCGAUUCGAAAAAGGUAUUUAA